AUGCCCGUGGUACUGUUGGUGGUCGAUGGCGGGGCCACGGGCAUCGUGGAGAACAGUGUUUGUCCUAAGCCGCAUUCGCAAUUCAUGCAUGAAGUGCCACCCCUCAAUGGCCUGUCCACCGGCAACGAGUCUUGGGGAGGUGAUAUUUCGAGAAAUGGCCAGUGUCCCACUUGCCCAAAAGUCCCACUGCGGUGUGGCGCUAGACUGGAACUCGCUGCAGUGCUGCACGACCGUCGGGUCCCAGCGGCCAGUUCUCAAUUGCCUGCCAGUAUUCAUCAGCACCCGAGUCUCGAUCGGGAGAGGCUGUCAGCUCAGUCUCACUACUACUAG